AGUCAAUGAAAGAAAUGUUUAAAUCGGAAGCCACACCUGCCGCCCGCCGCGAGCCAAUGAUCCGCAGCCCGGAGCUGAGGAACGACACACCCACCUUUGCUCCGAGCCAAUGGGAACGUAAAGGUCAGGAGGGGGAAAACUUGCCCCGGGAUCAGUUCAUCUCGCAUCAGUGACCUUCUGCAAAUGUGUGGAGGAAUUUGGCCAGCUCUCCUCUGACUUUCAGGUGUUGUUAGUAUGGGAAGUCGACAACAAUGGCUCACGAGACUGAAGAAUGAGCUGAGCAACAGUCCUCUGGUGUCCAACGUGGCCUUCGGCUUCAUCCUGAUGGGACUGGAGAAGCUGGUGGAGCUGGAGUUUGAGUGUCCGUGCAAUCCGGCCUGGAACGGGCUGUUUUCCUCCGCGUUCUUCAUCAUUCCCGCCGUCAUGGCCUUCGCACUCAUGAUGAUCAUUCAGGGAUGCAGGUGUGACGCCUGGUGCAGGAGGACCGUGUCCCUGUCCAGCUUCGUUCCCGCCGUGGUCUGGCUGAUCCUGGUCUUCCUGGACGGUCAGUAUUUCGCCUGCGCGAUGACAGACUGGCACGGCCGGUUCGUGAUCGUGGACAAAGCCGCUCCGCAGAAAUGGUGCGAACCCAUUCAAGAGGAGAGUGUCACUCCUCGGGAACUCAUGCUGCGCUCACAGCGACUGUUUGUGGAGUCUCAGGUGAUUGGCAUAGUGCUGCUCAUUUUUAUCUGUUUGGGACUGGUCGUGUAUGUGAUCAGAGAAAGCUGCAAGCAGGAGCUGGAAACUGAAGAUGCCAAUGUAGCAGAGAUGACGCUCUUCAGCUCCAGCUGAUAGACACCCUUCCUCACCCGACUGCAGAAAACACUCUUUACAGUACAGUGUUCAUGUACUGCAGUGAGUAACACACAAGAAUAACAUGUGCUUACAUGCACAGUUCACCCAAAAAUAAAGAUUCAGUCAUGGUUUACUCACCCUCAUGUUGUUCCAGACGUGUAUGAUUUUCUUUCAUCUGUGGAAGAAUG